AUAUAAUGACAGAGAAACGAAAGCGAAGUUCAAGUUUAACAUAUAAAGCAGUUUCCGAGAGACCGAAUCGAUGGGUAAUAUAUCUGAAACAUAAUUUGGGUUUAAGAAAAUUGGCAAGAUCGAGAACAAUUUUGAAUUGGCCCAAACUUAAAAAGAUAAUGAAGCGAGUUAAAAUAAGGCUUACAUUCAAGUUCGCGAAGAUAAAACUAAUAUACGAGAGCCAUAUUUACGAACGGGAAAAACUAGAACAAUUGAGAAACAUUCAGACAUUAAAAUCCGUUAAAAUACAAUAUUGGUGGAGGAUGAAUUGUGAAAGACUUUGUUAUACCCAUUGUUUGAAUGCCUUCAACAUCCUUCAAAGUGUUUUUCGGAGUUAACUUUUGAGGAAGAAAUAUAAAUUUUUUAA